AUGGCGCUCCUGUUCGUACCCUCAGGACCCCACUGUCUGCAUCGGUUCACUCGCGAAUCCCUGGCUGCCAUCGAGAAGCGGAUCGCAGAGGAGCAGGCGGUCAGCGACAGGAAAGCCCACAAGGAGGAGAGUGAGGAGGAAAAGCCCACUCCCAACAGUGACUUGGAAGCAGGAAAGCAACUGCCGGUCAUCUACGGCGACGUCCCACCAAAGCUCAUCGGUCAGCCUCUGGAGGACCUGGACUCCUUCUACAGCAACAAGAAGCCCCAUCCUAUUUUCCAGUGCGAGAACAACCAAGGUUUCCUAAUCUGCAUGACUCAGAGCUACAUCAACAAUCCAACCUAUCAUUACCAGAACUACUCUUAA